AUGCUGAUAAUAGGUGCUUUAACUCUUUACACUUAUGUGCUGUUCAAUACUGAGUACAUUUAUCCAUCAAUAAUAAACAAUACCCUCAAGUCAAUAAAUUUAUUAAAUGAUCAAGCAGAACAAGUUUUAGGGAAAACAUCAGAUCCUAUUGCUGCUUUACAAUCCACUAUAGCUUCCACUUUACAAAAUAAUGAUGACUCCACAUUCGAAGACUAUGUUCAACAAUAUGCUCCAGAAGAUUUAAGAUCAAGAUUAGCCAAAAAAUAUCCAUACAGUAGAGAAUCAACAAUACCAAACGAGAUAUGGCAAACUUGGAAAGAACCAAUUGAGAAAAUCUCAAAUACAAAUUUGUUAAAAUACAUUGAUUCUUGGGAGUCUCAAAAAGAUUAUAAUUAUCAUUUAAUAACUGAUGAUAAAAUAGAUUCAACAAUAACUGAGAUGUAUGUUGAAUUCCCAGAGAUUUUGGAUACUUUGCAGAAAUUGCCUAAGAAUAUUUUAAAAUUUGAUUUCCUCAGAUACUUAAUACUUUUCGCAAAAGGUGGUGUUUAUUCAGAUAUUGACACUAUUAAUCUAAAAUCACUUUCACAAUGGGCUGAUACUCCUCAAGAAUGUUCUAAUUAUUUUGAUCAAUCACCAACUGUCAAUAAUAACAUUGGAUUUGUCGUUGGUAUUGAAGGUGAUUAUGAUAGGGCGGAUUGGAAAUACAAAAUGGCUCGUCGUGUUCAAUUUUGUCAAUGGACUUUUAAAUCCAAAGUGGGGCAUCCAAUACUAAGAGAGUUGAUAUAUUCCAUCGUGGAUUUGACUUUGAACAACUAUAAUGAAAGGUUAAAUCAUGUCAAGAUUGGUUCUGAUUACCACACAUUACAUUCAAUCUAUACAAUUUUAAAUUGGACAGGACCAGGUAUUUUCACAGAUACUCUAUUUGAUCAUUUGAACAAAAUCUUCAAGAAUUCAAAAAUUCAAAAUAAAAAUCCAAUCCCAAAUAUAAAACAUCCAACAUUUGAAUAUUAUCAUAAGGAAAGAAAUGAAAUCGAUGUUGAAGGUGGGAAAUAUGUUGGUUGGUCAAAUUUCACAAAGAUAUCUUCACCUAUACUCUAUGAUGAUGUCUUGGUACUACCCAUCAACAGUUUCAAUGCGUUUAAUGAAGAUUUGGAGAUCAAACCAGAUGAUAAAUUAACGUAUGUUAAGCAUGAUUUCAGAGGAACUUGGAAAUCGAUGUGA